UAUUGCAUCUUUCUCAGUGAAAGCCAAACAAUGUAUCAUCUGUUUUCCAGCUCGUUCUCCUAUAUAUUUCCGUUUCCGGGAUAGACAGUAGACUGACGGAACAUGACCCUGCUGCUGCUGCGAUUCACCCUGUGUCUACUGACCCUCUUUGUGAGAUGGUCGACGGCAGUCAAAGAAGGAAAGUUAAGGUUAGUCGGGGGUCAUAGUGCAAAUGAGGGUAACGUGGAGAUAUAUCACGCGGGACUUUGGGGAUCCAUUUGUGACGAUGAAUGGGAUAAAACUGAAGCCGAUAUCGUCUGUAGAACAUUAGGUUAUAAUGGAUCGUCUAGAGCAACUUACAAUUCUGAAUUCGGAAGGGCCAGAAGGCAAAUAUGGAUGGACAAUCUGUAUUGUCAGGGUGGAGAAAGUAGUUUAUCCCUAUGUAGAUUCGACGGAUGGGGUACACACGACUGCGCCCGUUCCGAAGCUGCAGGAGUCGAGUGUAUAAAAAACAAUACGGCUCAACCGUUAGUUUUAUACAGCGAUGCUCCUAAUCCCAAGAGAAGAUUAAGCUUGGAAGAACCAGAAAUGGAAGUUCGAAUAGUUGGAGGGAGAAAUAAAAUGGAAGGAAGAGUAGAAGUGUUACUUAAAGAAAUGAAUUGGAGUCUGGUGUGUGGAGAUGGAUGGAGUCUAUUAGAAUCUACAGUGGUUUGCCAACAAUUAGGACUCGGAUACGCUCAAUCGGCAGUUCAGAGUUCUUAUUUUGGUGGUAAUUCGAGUAAAAUUGCCAUCAGUGGUAUAAAGUGUACAGGUGACGAGAGACACUUAAACGAAUGUCUUCACGAUAAUAUUGGACAGGUAUUUUGUCCAGGAAAAGAAGAAAAUAUUGCCGGUGUCAUUUGUGCUACAGAAUUGCCAGAUUUGGUUCCAGAUGAAGUGGAAUUAGAGCGCUCGACUUAUCUAGAAGAUAGGGAAUUGUUUUUCUUACAAUGUGCUAUGGAAGAGAAUUGUUUAGCAAGAACAGCAUAUCAAAUGGAUAGGAACGAUUACGGAUGGCAAUACGAAAGAAGACGUCUUUUACGUUUCACUGCCAGAAUAGGAAACAUAGGAACUACAGAUUUCCGCCCAUUUCUUCCGAAAUAUGCAUGGGAGUGGCAUAUGUGUCAUCUACACUAUCAUAGUAUGGAAGUAUUCGCUCAUUUCGACAUCAUAGACGAACAAGGAAGAAGGGUGGCUGAGGGACAUAAAGCUAGUUUCUGUUUAGAAGAUAAUAAUUGUCAGCCGGGUAUCGAAAAGAAGUAUGCUUGUGCCAAUUAUGGUGAUCAGGGUAUUUCGGUGGGAUGUUCCGAUACUUAUCUACAUAAUAUCGACUGUCAAUGGAUCGACAUCACCGAUCUUGCUCCGGGAGCUUAUUAUAUGAAGGCAAGAGAUUUUACUAUUUAUUUAUUUUUUAUUAUAGGAAAAAAACAACUUAAUUCAAAAGAAUGUAAACAUUUAUACAAUAAAAUUCAAAAAAUAACAGCAAAAAGUACAUAAAUUUCUUCUAAAUCU